AUGAAGCCGGAACUCAAACAACAAAAGUCAUAUACCCGUUAUCCCUACGAUAAAGACCUGAAGCUUCCAAUAUCAUGGGAGAAUGCAGACGACCGAGCGGCUCUUGAAGUGGACCGUACGGACUCUUCCCAGGUUCGAGAUCUGAUCUCAACCUUCUACCAGAGGCCUGCAAUCCGGAAGCAAUUCCGGAAAGUAUACACCUCGGAGGGCCUGUUGACGUUAAAAUACUUCUCGGUGAUGGAUUCGGUCGAACUAUACCCGGACCUCAAAAAGUCACUUCGGCGGAAUAAUUCGGUCUUCGAGACAUACCGCGAACAUCCUCACAUGUUUACAUCGCUGGGAAUGGAAAGAAAGAGGCAAUUGUGUACCCGUCCGCCUCCAACCAAACGAUCCUGGGUUGAGUUUACGGAAUCCGACAUGAAUGAGACUAAGAGUAAGAAGACGACAUCCAAGACCAAAGUGCCGGACAGUCAUUCACGAACAAUCCAACAACUAGAGCGCAUACUUGAUGAACGCGACGCGGAUCUGGUGGCAAAGGAACCUGGGAACGAGGAUGAGGAGUCAGAGUCAGAGGAGUCGGGAAAUGGUGAAGAAUGA